AUGACGAACUAUUAUAAGUGCUCAAGGGAAGGAUGCAAUGUGAAGAAGAGGGUAGAAAGGGACAGGGAAGACCCAAGCUAUGUGAUAACAACAUAUGUGGGAGUGCAUAACCAUGAGAGCCCUUGUGUGGUAUAUUAUAAUCAGCAGCCUGUCAUGACUCCUGAUGGAUGGAUUCUGCAAGCUUCUUCUUCUCAGUCCUCUUCUUUAUAAAUUGCCUUGCCUCUUUUUCCCUUAAUUGUCCAAGUAAUAUCUGAACUUGAAGCCUUGAACUUAAAGGGCUUGUUUUUAUCAUGAUUAGAUUGAUCAAAGUUCUUGAACUUACCCAAAAGAAUAGUGAAAAGAAAG